CGGAAUUUGAACAUCGAAGGAGCGUAAUGGGUAGCUAGUGGAGAAGAGAGUAAAGUAACAUCGGCCUUUGUCCGCUAUUUAGCGUUUGUUUUAAACACCACACCACUUUUCACCAUUUUUCGACGACUUGAGCAAGUUUGGCGAUCGUUUGGCUUGAAUUUUCGUUGAUUGGAUGAAUCGUGAGUAUCGACAAGCUGAUGGAAGAAAAUUUGUCGAAAAUUUAAGCUGCGAAAGAAAAGUCGCAAAAAGGAAGUAAAAGGUUUUUUUUCACUCGUGUGAGCAGAUAGGAAGAAGAAACAGCGGUCACGUAAAGAAAAAGUUUGCCAGUGCGCGAGUGUAUUGGUGUAAACGAUUUCUUCAACUCGGUUUGUUUUUGUGUCCGUGAAGUGCAACCGUUGACUCGGUUGUGUUUGAAACUCCCUACUUGCAUGAAUUGAAUGCAGUCAUCUUGAAUCCCGUAGAUCACGUAUUCGUUCGUUUUCGUCUAAAAGGGAACUGAGCUGAUUGGUGUUGUUUUGUAGAACAACGUGAAAUCUUGGCAGUGAUUUUCGUAUGUAAGUGAGCUUGGAAAAUAUCACUUGGUUUUUCUUUGAAAGAUCAAAGUUCGUUGAUCGGCCUUUUUCCUGCUCCUCAACUCCAUUUGUGUACUACUAUCCUAAAGGAUACGUGCGCAGUAAUAUUGGAGAAAGGAAGAAAGUAUUCCACUGUAGAAACCAGCAACAAACAACGACAAUGGUGGAACGCAUUGUGGAGGAAACAUCUGAUGCAAAUUCAGAUUUACGAAAUGCCGAGGUGGCUCGUUACAGUAGUGAGGAAAUAUCGGGUAACGAAUCGAACGAGGCUCGGCUGAUGACCGAAGCGGAACGCCAGGCUGAUUUCAAUCGCCACAAGGAGGAGAUGAAACGCAAACGACGCAGAAAGAAACGAGCUAGCUCGUCGAUGCAAUCGUCAUGCUUCCAAGAAUUGUACAAAUUGACUGGUGAGGUGCUUGGCGAAGGUGCGUACGCUUCGGUACAAACGUGUAUCAACAUCUACACGGAGCUAGAGUAUGCGGUGAAGAUCAUCGAUAAAAUUCCAGGACACGCGAGAGCACGCGUAUUCCGCGAAGUUGAGACCUUUCAUCAUUGCCAGGGCCACCCAAAUAUCUUGCAGCUAUUGGAAUUUUUCGAGGAUGAAGAAAAAUUUUACCUAGUUUUUGAGAAGAUAAAUGGUGGACCAUUGUUGACUCGCAUUCAGGAGAAUGUAUGUUUCUCCGAGUACGAUGCUGCGCAAAUUAUCAAAGAGAUUGCAUCUGGUCUGGAUUUUUUGCACAAGAAAGGUAUUGCGCACCGUGACCUUAAACCAGAGAAUAUUUUAUGCGUGUAUCCGGAUAAGCUAUGUCCUAUCAAGAUUUGCGAUUUCGAUCUUGGCUCUGGAAUUAAAUUCACUACCAACAUAUCGUCGCCAACUGCCACACCUCAGCUGUUGACACCGGUCGGAAGCGCAGAAUUUAUGGCACCGGAAGUAGUGGAUUUGUUCGUCGGUGAAUCGAACUAUUACGACAAGCGUUGCGAUUUAUGGUCACUGGGCGUGAUUGCUUAUAUUUUACUGUGCGGUUAUCCACCCUUUUCCGGUAACUGUGAACAAGAUUGCGGCUGGAAUCGAGGCGAAAACUGUCGUACCUGUCAAGAGCUGCUGUUUGAGUCGAUUCAGGAAGGUCGAUUUAGCUUCCCAGAAAACGAUUGGGUAGACGUGAGUGAAGAGGCUAAAGACUUGAUACGUGGACUGUUGGUCAAGGAAGCACCAAAACGACUCAGUGCGGCUGCGGUGCUGUGCCAUCCAUGGAUUAAAAUCACCGACGAGGGCGACUGCAUCGAUGGUGUAAAUUCCGAUGUAAUCAAAGAGAAACAACGCCGACGAGUGCUGAAAACACCGGGUAUUAUCCGGCGCAACCAAUCGGCACGAGAACUAUCGCAUUUUGCAGAAUCCGCGAUGGCUGUGAAACGUGUCAUAUUGCAGCAUUUUUCGAUGCGCUACGACUACAUGAACAAGGAACGCCCUAACAUUUACCAACCAUCAGUAGUACAACAACAGCAUGAAGUCGUCGUUCCAUCGAAAAUUGCCAAUUGUGACCUAUCAGCAACUGCAUUAUCAUCUACGAUUGGUUCUCAAGAUGAUAACGUAGUUGAAGUGCAUGAGGAGAAAGGUUUAUUGGACGUGGUGCGCACCGAGCCACAAGACUGUCCAUCUCCGCCUGCACGGUCGGGUAUGGUCGAGGUACAAAUAGUGAAAAGAUACGAUGCGGAUGAAGACACUGGUUCUACAACACCAUCACCAUCCACAUCGCCAUCAUCUGUAUCAUCAUCAUCAUCUACAGAUGAUCGACGCUGCGAAGCAGAUACUGUUUACAUUGCUACAAAAAAAUCGUCCUCGCCAUCUACACUAUCAUCAGAGCCGACGCCAACUCUUAUUGUCACUAAUGCCAGUUUAACUGUUGGAGGGCUUUCUUCAUCAGCACUUCCUUCUGCCCAAACAGUUAACACUAAUACUGGUUGUGAUGACAAAGAAAACAAAUCUACUACCAUAGCACAUCAAAAACCGCUGGAAGUAAUCAAGGAGAAAAGUAGCACUCCUGCGACUAUCAAUUCCAGUUCGAUGACUGUUCCACCGGAAAAAAAUUGGCGAUACCGCGGCGUUGAUGAUACGAACAGAUUCAAGCAUCCUUCGUCCAUUCUAGGUCCAAGCUACAAUAAUUCCGCUAAAGCCCGUUAUUAUCAACAGCAGCAGUAUCGUAAUUUCAGCUCGUAUCAUAACUACUACAACAAUCACAAUUAUCAAAACAAUGGUAAUUAUUAUCGUAGUGGAAUAAAUGGUAGUAAUGGAAUUGGUGGUGGAAAACCGUCAUUCUAUCGCCAGCCGAAGAGCAAUAUCGAUACGGGUAAUAUUGAUAUCCGUUCGCAGCAUCCCCAGCAGCAAUCUUGGAGAAGUCGUCGAAACAACUGCUUCAACGAUGAAGACGAUGAGCUCAACGAUGUAUCAUCCUACCGCCAUACUAAUGGAUAUGUAAAUAACAGUCACACUCGACUACUAUUUGGCACAUCGGAUGCACCAGGAAACAUUCAUGGCACAUACAACAACAAUCCUAAUCACCAUCAGUACAAUCGUGGAGGAGGAAACAACAAUCGGGUUAACGUCGGUGGCAACUAUCGUUUACAGCAGCAACAGAAUCGAAAUACCGAGCUGGUCCCUGUAGUUAGAGCUGGUAAGCUUGACGAUGAUUCUUCCAACGGCGAAGGAGAGGUAGUGAUAGUAGCAGUGGGAGGAGGAGGAGGAGGAGAAGGGCGGAAGCCGACACAAAAUAGAAAUACUUUGAACUGUGAUCCAAUAACAAAUAAUACUACUAAUAAGUAUAAGCAUUAUCAUACAAACUCAAACACAAUUGUUACCGCGUUGAAGCGAGAGACUCAGAACGGUUAUCAAUCGAUGAUCGGUACGAUUGGCCAACUACGCAUUAGCGAUCUAUACGACGAGUAUGGCUGCAAGGGCAACAACAAUACCAACGGUUUGACAGUGGGCCUUUCGCCACCGAACGAGUCUCUGUUGAUGCAGCGUCGUCUCUCGCUUAAAUCACGCAGCAUUUGCAGUCCAUCAGCAACGGUGGAUUUUCCAAAAGAAACACAACAUUAUGAUCAUAAUUUACCACAGCAACGUAAAUAUCAUCACCAACAACAGCAACCACAACGCCAACAAACGCCAAACAAUAUGAUCACGACAAAAAGUGGUUGAAUUGGAAACGUUUGCUGGAAUUAAUCCUUAAAAUCUUCAUCUCACCAUCUAUUUAGUUCAACAAACCUGUAAACUUCUUCAUAACUUUCCUUUUCUAUCCUUCCUCGUAUUUCAAUUGCCAUUUAUUAUUGAAUUCCAGCAAUGAUUCCGGCUCUAUAUUUCUCCAUCAUUUUUGAAAUUGUAAACUUCUCUUUUAUCAAUUUUAGUAUAUCUUUAAACGCAAAGGUAGUAACUCUUUGUAAAUGAUUCACAAAUGAAUAUGGUUUAGAAUUAGCACUUAUUCUCGCUAUACAUAUAUAUAUUUUGAACGAAAGUUUGCAGAAGAACAACAUAAUAAAAGAAUAUAUUCUGGAGCUUUUGGAAACAAAUUCAUAACACAUAUUUUUGCACUCAACUAACAAAAUCUAUUGUUAUGAGAAGCUCAGUCUAGCGUUUGUUGAAUGGCGUGGUGCAACCGGCUCAUUUUUUAAUUUAUUCUAGUAGCUCGUGGACUAACCUGUGGGAUCCGUUUGUUGCCUUUGAAAUACGAAAGAAACGCGCAAGUGCGUUGCGCCUUUUGUUCCAUGAAAAGUGGAGAGAGAGGAUAGAAGACAGGAUUUUUUUCAGUUGAUUAAUAACGACUCAAACUCAAGCAAAAGUAAAUAAAAACAAAUCAUCCCUCAGGCAAAUGCUAGGAAGGAAGAAUAUCCGAAUUUCAAGUCGAAAUGUUUUGUCUCGCAUUAUGAUGUAGAUAAUAAUACGGCUUAGUCACGCUGUAUUCGAAAGUUAUUAAUUUGUUUUUGUAAAGCAGACAAAUACAAAAGAUUGAAGAAUUCAACUAUUACAUGCUUUUAUUUGGGUCAUAUUCAUUCGAUGUACAGUAAUUUUGCAUAAGGCUGUUUGGCAUAAUGAGUAAAUGGCAUAAUUAUAUUGUAGCCAACACUACAUUCAGGAUCUGAAAAUAAUAAGUGGCAUAACGGACAAUGCUCACCCUUAAUCUGAUUAACGACGGAUUGAUUUUUGUAUGUAUUUUAUAUGUAUUCCCAUUAUCGCUAGGAAAAUCAAGGGUUGCUAGGAUUCGAUUGGACCACGUUCGAUCGAAAAAUCAAAACGUCGUUAUUCAGAAUAAGGGUGGCUAUCAUACUAAACUCAAUAUGUAGCCUGAUACUAUGCGUAUCGAUACCGAUACGAUAGCUACGACGGAUUUGACCGACCAUGCGGGCAUUGUAUUAAAUCGAGACAUAUUCCUUACGUUUUAAUAAAACGGGUAAAUGAUUCAUAUAUUGGUUUGUGUAUCAGAAUUCUACAAUUUCAAUGUUAUCAUCUGUCCUUCGCUAAACAAAAUAUAACGCCAAUUUUUUUUUAUUAAGCUAAACAACCGUAUGCCAAAUAACAUGGAUCCCGUUGCAGUCCCUCUAUUCUAUCAUAUUAAAAGUAAAAUGAGUCAUAUUUAUCUGUUUGCUACUGAGUAGAAGGCACUGCUGCACGAGUCGAUCGAAGCAACUUGUAUCCGAUAAAUUGGAAUUCAUUUAUAAGGUUUAAGUUUAGGACCGUGUUAUUGAGAUAAAAAUGAUUCAGAUAAAAUUAUUAUUAGUUGGAAGAAAAUUAGCACCCACGGUUUUCUAUGAAGAUUGAACAGGCUGGAAAAAAUUAAUUUAUUGAAAUAGUUGUCAUUUUUUCAAAUUAGCGAUUUUUGUUUUAACGUUGACCAGCUGUAGAGCUGUUAGCUGCAACUAUACUCUCCUUAUUCGAAUACCAGUCCCAUACAGAAUGCCGAUUUUGAGAAAAAGAAUUAAAUUAAGAUUUGUUGCACGUAAAACUUUUAAUUAAACACCUUUAUCCCACUAUUUCCUCAUGUGGGACAGUUAAGAAUAAAUUAAUCUUCGUUUUGCGGAAUAAAUCCGCAAUUUUCUUCAGUGACGGAAAAAAGGACUUCAUUCGUCAAGCUCCCUAAAAAAUUGCUAAGAUUCUAAUGGAACUGAUAUUCGAGUAUGGGGAAAGUAGCACAGUUACGAUUUUCCUUUGGUAACGGUAUAGUCAUCAAAAACAACAUGUUCUGCAUUCUCAGUAACAAAAACUAGUAAUUUACCGACAUUUAUUACUUCAGAGCUGUAGCUUUGUUGUAUAAUGCAUAUAAUAUUGCGUGCUUUCCCGAGAGUAGUGUCAUCGAUCUAAAAAAAGUCGUCUAUGUCAAAACUGAAAUGAAACUUCUAAAGGGGUGUUAUAACAUGCCUUAAAUAAAAUGAUCACGAGAGAUUGAAUAUUCCAUUCUAUUUGCAGAAAUGAAUGAAAUAGAUCUCACGAUGAGGGUAAACUAUAAGCAUUUUUGAUCUUACCGUUUUUAUCACUACACAAGAACGCAGUCUAUUUUUCUAUCUAAACAAACGAAAAAAAAUCUAAAUAACGCACAUUACAAUCUAGUCAUCUGGGUUACUGUUGUUGCUAAGCGCAUAUUCGAUUUCAAGGAACAAUUGCAUGAAAAUGCCAAAUAACUGCACUCACAAUGUUUAGUGGCAAAUUAUUGACUCCAAUGAGGACGUAAUAUUUUUUACUUUAACAUAGUUUUCUGCUGCAUUUCGAGUGAAUAGUUUCGCGACAAAAGGGCUUAACUGCAACUUAAAGUUUCUCUCUUUUUCGAUAGUAAGCAAACUGCACUGAUCAAAAUUAGCACGAUCGAUUAUAAUGUUAAUAGCAUUUCAAUUUAAUAUGCUCAAUACUCAACCAAAGCGAUUUGUUCCACGAUUGCAAGAUUAGAUUAUGUUUUACUUAGCCCGAAGUACAUGUGUUAAAUCUUUCAUUUUCUAGUGGAAAUAAUUAGUACAGCACAAAUGUAUGUGCAAAACACUUGAUUCGGCCAACCGUGUUUCAAUUGAAAUCUAUAUGGAAAACAAUGAGACAUUUGCAUGAAAUUCAUACAGAAUUUAUAAAUAACGAUAUAUCUUAUCGUUUUGAUGUACAUUUCAGAUAAAUGUAGCAUGAUUUCCACUAAAUAUCAACAUUUUUUACGCUCGUUUGAUGAGUUAAGUGUAUAUUUUCACGAAUUUUAUGUAUUCGACAUGUGAUAGUUAAAAUGCUUUACACAUGAUGCUAGCGUGCAAAUUAUUUUCAGUGUGUGCCAAACGCCUACACUACUAUAAAUUAGCACAAUCGAUUCACAUGUAAAUAGCACUUCAAUUAAAUAUGCUUUUUAUUUUCAAUUCACAAAUCGCUUUUGCUGAUUUGCUUUAGGAUUUCAUUUGCAAAUUUUCUAAGGUGCAAGUUUUCUAGUGAAAAUAGGAACAGCACGUAUGUAUGUGAAAAACACUUGAUUUAGUCAAUUGUGAUUCAAUUAAAAUCUUUAUAGAAAAAAAUGAGAAAUGAAAUUCAUGCAGAGUUUAGCGGCAACGAUAUAUCUAUAUCGUGCAUUGUUAAUGAAUGGUACAUGAUUUCUUACAAAAAUCAUUCGUUUCAUGAGUUAAGUGCAAUUUUAAUGAAUUUCAUGUUAUUUACAUGAGUUAUGAUAAUUGAAAUGCUUUGUACAUGGUGCUAACGUGCAAAUUUUUAUCACUGUAAUUGCUAAUAAGCCAAAAUAAACUUUCGAAUUAUUCUGGGAACUUCAAUAAAUAGUCUAUAUUCACUGCGUAAUAAUCGAAAGAGAAAGUAAACAAAGAGAAGCUUUUUUCGCAGGCCCAUCAAACGUUUUGCGCUCGAAAUUUAGCUUUGUACCUGCAAAUGAGACACGUCAAUACUAAUAUCAAAAUCAUCCGAUAAAAAACAACAAAAAGAAAAUGUUUAUUGGUUUUUCAUUCAUAUUUUUAUCCUAAAUUGGGAAACCCGAUCUUGCUCUGUAGGGAUUAAAUACGUUAUUUUUCAUUAGUACCAAAACUUUUAUUCCAAUCGAUGAAAACGACAUUGCUGUUGCAGGCUCAUCAACCCAAUUCAAGUUCUAUUUUUUAUCGUUAAAUAGCUUGAAACCAACAUUGCAUUAUAUUAGGGUCAUUUUUGCUUGGUGACAAAAUCCAGUGUUCAGUCUAACUAAUGUGAAAUCGUUUGUUUGAAUCAAGAUUGAACAUAGUUUCAACGCAGUUGAACUGCCAUUCGAGUCGGUUUCGAACCUAAUUCUUAUAUCUGGUUCGCUCAAAUCCCCUGCUGCUGAGUACGAACCCAUCUCAUUUUCGUGAAAAUUAUUUGUUUGGAAGGAACUACCUUGGAUCAGUGCCAGAGUUUUCAAGCAAUAACGACAUAAGAGUGAGACCGUUGUAUACAGUCAGUAGCAAGCAAACCUGUGAACGACCCGUUCGGUUUAGUGAAUCAGGUAUUACGAACUUGAUUAAACGUCAGCAAGAUGCAAAGCACUGAGCAUAGCGGCGUUUACAUUAGUGUAUUCCAUUUGUAAAAUGCCCUAUGCAACUACACCUCGUCGGAAGACCGAACGGCUGAACUCGAGGAUUAAUAAACGUUCAUUAAUUCGUCCUAUGAAACUAUGUAGAGUCUCAACCCAUUUUCACAUCUUUUUUUUUUUUUUCUAAAAUAGCGGACACGAUUGUAGAACAUUCUAUCACGCUUGAUUAUAUUCAUUCAGAACAUUUAUUUUUCUGUCGUAUCGAAAUUGCAUACUGACAGCCAUACUGUUUUUUUUUUUAAAUUUUUGAAUUUAAAUGGGAUAAGGCUCUGAAUAGGUAUACUAAAAGAAAUAGUUCACACUAACGCCCAGUGCAGGGUUAUUAUAAGCUAUAGGCUUAUGUUUCCCAUAAGCAAAACAGUUCAUUAAUAUCUUUUUAAUAUGGACACUAGUUGAAUGUUCAGAAUAGCCCUAAAUUCAAGAACUGACUAAAACUUUGUGGUUUAUUUUUUUUUAAUGUGUAGCUUCCACAGAAAAUUAACUAAUUGCAUUAUUACCGUGGUUUGUUUUCAUAUCAUCAGUUUGGUGAACGAUGAAGAUAUAAAUUAAGCAAUAUCUAUUAUUAAUCGAUCUUCUAGUAUCAUAUGCAUUAGUAAACUUUUGAAAAUAAAACCAAUUCUUGUUUAGAAAUGAAAAGAAAAACAGUAAAACAAAGGAAACAGAUAAGACUGGUCUCAAAAUUCCUUUUUAUUCUUCCCCAAUCAUAUGCGAAAAAGAAAUAUUGGAAAAGUACCACAAUUGGCCGACUCGUGCCAAAUGUGUAUCUAACAAUCUAUCAAUUGCUCUCGAAGACAACAAAAAAAUGGUAUCAAACUACUUGGUAAGCUGCGCAUGUAUGGUGUCCGGUGGCCAUGUGCGAACAUAGUUAUUUCGCGUCAACUCUUUGUUUCUCACAUUCUUACUAGCUGGUAUGAUGAUACACAACGAACUGGUAAAAUUGUAUGAUCUUCAACAUAAAAACGGUACUCUCCAAGUUUUAUGUACAAUAACAGUAACAAUUAAAAUUCGCAGAUUUUAGUGAAAGAAAGAAAAAAAAGUGAACUACUUAUUUCCAUGUUAUAUUUUUAUACAAAACUCAGAAAAAAAAAACGAAAAAAGUAAAAUACACAGAAAAAAGUAACAAAUAAUCUAAAAAAUAUAAAAAAUACAAAAAAGUAAAAAAUGAAGUAAAAAGAGAACUAAAAUAUAUUACUACAUUAAUAAGGGAGCCCAAUUUAAUCGAAAUAAGAAAAAGCUAAUAUAUGAUCGAGCUGAACUUAUUACAAACACAAACAAAAAAGAGGAUACAUUUUUGAAUUGUUGCCAUAUAUUUUUUAUUGUGUUAAUAUUAUGUGAGAGAUAGAGACAGAAAGGGUGACAAGAUCCACCAUGGAAAAAUAAGGCCAUUCUCUGUGGUAUAUUCCUAGACAACAAAAAUAAUUUUUCCAUUUGUGGAAUACAAAAGUUCUUAUAACACUGCUUACAAAAUAUUUUGAAAAGUUCAGCAUUGGAAAUUCGUUACCUGGUUCUACGCAGUGCAACUCUCAAACCACAAAAACUCGGUAAACAUCCUUAAAUAACAUUAUUUCGUGAGAGAGAGCUCGAGUGAUAAAUCAUGAGCUUGUGGAACAUUGUCCAUUGCAGCAGUACAUAAUACCAUUGCUAAAUUCAUGACCUGUAAGAACAUGCUGUGAACAUCUUUUUUUUUAAGAAAUCGGAGUUUGAGAAAAACAUUUUAUUUUAAUGAAACGAAGACAGCGUUCUGCAGGAUUGGUGUAAAAUAAUGGAUAUGCUCUGUUCUCGCCCAUUUGGUAUAACACUUAUUUAUACGAAAUCAUUCAUGAUAAGACAUGUCAUUUUCCACGAAGUCAUUUGUUAAGAUGAUCAUUUGGCACAAUUGCUAUUCGACCCAACGACACAAACGUGCGACCUAAGUAGAUGCUGUCAUAUACGACUCGUAGGUUCCGUCAGUAAAUUUGAUCGUACUUGUAAUUUCUUAUAUGUAAAGCAGUCGUACCAUCUAUAUCCAUCUCUACUUCUCUUUUCAUCCCAAUUACUUGAACCUUUUCGUCAAAAUGGGAUACGUUUGCACUACAAGAGUGCUUCUUGAAUAUCGAUUAAAAUGUGAUCCGUCAAUUGUGAGAAAUUUAAAAAAAUACAAUUUAGUACAUUGAGAUUUGAUGAACAUUGGACCUAUUCGAUUGAACGUUGACAUUUUGAAGACCAAAAAUUUAACGAUCUUUAAACAUUUUUGUUGGCUUUUUCAUUAGAAUGCAUCACUUAUCCUGACAAAGCUAAUGUGAUAUGCCUUUAUUAGAAAUAACGAUGGAUCGCAUUAUGUCUGAUGAAUAUCUUUGGAAAAGUUGCGUUAUUUAUGGAUGUUUAUCUGUAGCGAAGGCGGAACACCUAUUCGUUGGAAAUGAACGUUUUGAAAUAAAUUUGGUAUAUUGUUUUCAAAUCACUCAAAA